AUGAUGAACGAAGAUCCAUCAUAUACAUUGGCAAAAGAUAUUGCUAAAGUCUAUAUUGAUAUCGCAAACUCAAAUAAUCGGAUCAAAGAAACAAUAAGCAUGAUGAAAGAAAAUGAAAUUAGAAAAGAAAUUCAAAUGUACGAACAACAAAAAUUUAAUCUCGAUGAAAAACUCGAACAAGAAAAGGAAAAGCUCGAUGAAGAAAAUGAACAACGAAAAAAGGAAAUUGAUGGUCGUAUUAAAGCUCUGAACCAUAUGCUUAAACGUCCUUAUCCUACAGACUAA